UCAUAAAUUAUUUAUUAAUGUGUCGAAGUGUGCUAGUGAUAAAAGCUUGAAUGUGGAAAAUGGCAGGUCACAUUUUAUUUACUUUAAUAGCCACUUUGUUGGUUGUUAGUGGAAUACAAGGAAAACAUUUUGGGUAUUCAAAUGCUCUCGAUGACUGUCCACCAAACAAUACUCCGGGAAAAGAUGUAUUUUUCCCAGCUGAAGAUUGUGAACAUUAUUAUCAAUGUGAUCACGGUAAACCAGUUUUGAGACCCUGUCCUCCAGGUCAAGAAUGGAGUCAAGAACUUGAACGUUGUGAGUUGCCGGAAGUUGCUCAAUGUUCAGUUGGUACAACUUCUACAUCUACAUCAACUUCAACAUCUUAUGAAACUCUUCCUCCGAAUACUUCCACUACAACUGAUGAACCUACUUCGGAAAAACCAGGACCAAGUGGAUGUCCACCAUACAACACCCCAGGAAAAGAUGUUUUUUUACCAGCUGAAGAUUGUCAACACUUUUAUAAAUGUGAUCAUGGGAAACCAGUUUUGAUUCCUUGCCCACCUGGUCAAGAAUGGAGUCAAGCAUUGGAACGAUGUGAGUGGCCUGAGGUGGCACAAUGCUCAGUAGGUACAACUUCUAAAACUUCUACCACUAAAACCUCUACCCCUAAAGCACCUACUCCAACUACAUCUACAACUCCAACAACAACAAAACCUGGAUCUAGUGGAUGCCCACCAUACAACACCCCAGGAAAAGAUGUAUUUUUACCAGCAGAAGAUUGCCAACAUUUUUAUAAAUGUGAUCAUGGGAAACCAGUUUUGAUUCCUUGCCCAGCAGGUCAAGAAUGGAGUCAAGCAUUGGAACGAUGUGAGUGGCCUGAGGUUGCUCAAUGUUCAGUAGGCACAAAUCCUACAACUACUACCCCUACAACACCUACCCCAACAACUUCAACAACUUCAAAGCCUACAACUCCAACUACAACAAAACCUGGGCCAAGUGGAUGCCCACCAUACAAUACACCAGGCAAAGAUGUAUUUUUACCAGGUGAAGACUGUCAACAUUUUUACAAAUGCGAUCACGGAAAACCAGUUUUGAUUCCUUGCCCAGCUGGUCAAGAAUGGAGUCAAGCCCUUGAACGCUGUGAGUGGCCAGAAACUGCUCAAUGUUCAAUAACUUCUAGCCCUCAUAACCCAACACCAACUGUAACUUCAACCACUCCUAAACCAGAGCCAAGUGGAUGUCCACCAUAUAAUACUCCGGGAAAAGAUGCAUUUUUACCAGCUGAAGAUUGUCAACAUUUCUACAAAUGUGAUCAUGGAAAACCAGUUUUGAUUCCUUGCCCCCCUGGUCAAGAAUGGAGUCAAGUAUUGGAACGAUGUGAAUGGCCUGAGGUUGCUCAAUGUUCAGUAGGCUCAGCUCCUACAACUUCUACCCCUACAGAACCUACCCCAACAACUUCAACAACUUCAAAGCCUACAACUCCAACUACAACAAAACCUGGGCCAAGUGGAUGCCCACCAUACAAUACACCAGGCAAAGAUGUAUUUUUACCAGCUGAAGACUGUCAACAUUUUUACAAAUGUGAUCACGGAAAACCAGUUUUGAUUCCUUGCCCAGCUGGUCAAGACUGGAGUCAAGCACUUGAACGUUGUGAGUGGCCAGAAACUGCUCAAUGUUCGGUAACUUCUAACCCUCAUAAUCCAACACCAACUGUAACCUCAACCACUCCUAAACCAGGGCCAAGUGGAUGUCCACCAUAUAAUACUCCGGGAAAAGAUGCAUUUUUACCAGCUGAAGACUGUCAACAUUUCUACAAAUGUGAUCAUGGAAAACCAGUUUUGAUUCCUUGUCCUCCUGGUCAAGAAUGGAGUCAAGUAUUGGAACGCUGUGAGUGGCCUGAGGUUGCUCAAUGCUCAGUAGGCUCAAAUCCUACAACUUCUACCCCUACAACUUCUACUCCUUCAACACCUACCCCAACAAGUUCAACAACUCCAAAGCCCACAACUCCAACAACAACAAAACCUGGACCAAGUGGAUGCCCACCAUACAAUACACCAGGCAAGGAUGUAUUUUUACCAGCUGAAGAUUGUCAACAUUUCUACAAAUGUGAUAAUGGAAAACCGGUUUUGAUCCCUUGCCCUGCUGGUCAAGAAUGGAGUCCAACCCUGGAACGAUGUGAGUGGCCAGAAACAGCCCAAUGCUCUGUAACUUCUUAUCCAGAAACAUCGACACCAACCCCACAACCGCCUACUAGCAAACCAGUGCAAAAAACUUGUCCAGUUCAUAAUGGAAUAUUUGAGGAUAUGUUCCCCGCAGAAGAUUGCCAUCACUUUUACAAAUGUGAUAAUGGAAAACCAGUUCUAAUGUCUUGUCCAAUUACAACAGAAUGGAGUCAAGCCGCUCAACGGUGCGAAUGGCCAGCAAUUGCUCGAUGUUCUACAAAUCGUGAAUCUUAAAUCGUUCUUAAGCCAAGAUUUCGAAAAAAAAUGAAGCCAUAAAAAUUUAAAUUAUAAUAAAAAUUAGCAA